GUUUAACCUAAGAAACUAAGGAAGGUUUUGACGACUAUGUUGUAGGAGGCCAUUUUGAAGGUUCCUGGUUACGCCUCCAAGCCCUGCAUCUGGACCAGGCAGUGUGGAAGGAAGCCUUUGCUGGGAAAGGAUGACCAGAACCCAAUAUGAAAAGACCUUUCUUUCCCAUCAUUUCCAUCAAUCACACCCCCCACGGCUGGGAUGGGGCAUGUUCUUUACCCCCUUGAAACCAAGGAACAAGGAGGAAAGUGCCUCCAUCUCCAAUGUACCUCCAGUCUACCACUUUAGCACACAUCACUGUGCACACCUCAAGAACCAGUAUCUGAAAAAGGCUGCUACAAGACUUACCUUCUCUGAGGAGGUGGUGUGGCAGCGAGGGCUUCCCAGCAUCCCUUUCAGCAAGUACAACUUUGACCAUCUCUACAAUGCAGACCACAUCAUCCAGCCUACCCAGAUCAGUAGGGCCCAAUCUGAGAAAUCCAUCGGCUUCAAGUUCUUGGGCUCUUCAGGUCCCUCAGCAAGAGUCACCUCCCAGGCUGGAAAAACAGAAAGCUCUCCCAUUCUUAAGAAGCACCUGAAGGAAUCAAAGCCAGCAAGUGUGGUCCAGGAAAAACCGUCCUCUCUCAUCCCUCAUUCCUUCAGGGAUCCAGACAUGCUGGGUCUGUCACUUUCUCCAGCUGUGAACCUGGAAGAGAGGGAAGCCUGGCUUCCACCUCCUGAGAAGGAGGCCAGAGCCUGGGAAGCCAUUGUGCUGGAAAAGCUGAACAAGCGCACAGCCCGAUGGAUCCAGAGCAAGCGUCCCAUAAGGUCUGGAGUAUCCCCCAACAAGUGGCAGAGCUUUCUGCGCCAGCAGUAUGACUGGAGCCACAUCCGGGAUGAGCUUACUUCCACCAGUGACCUGGAGCUCUUGAAACAGCUAGAGGAAGAAGAAACAGGAGAAUUUGAGGAUAGAAGUGUUAUCCUGCCAACCCAGGAGAAAAAGAAGCCCGAGCUGCUGCUUCCUGUUUACUAUAGAUUGCCCAAUUACUUGCCUCAAGUGCAGAGAGGUGAAACUAUGCCUGGCAACAAUAAGACUGCUGAGGAUAUCAAAGGAAAGAAGAACAUCUACCAGCCCCCGGACCAGAGGUACUUCCGACAGGUGAAUCCUCGAGCUGGAAAGUUUGCUUACUCCACAGACAACACCUUUGAACAGGAAAUAUACUUUGAUGAAGUCCAGGUCAUCCACCAGAUUGGUGCGAAGAGAGACCAUAUUUUACUGGAAAACUUUAAUCGGUACAAGAAGCAGCUAUCCAAAGUUUUCCCUGAAACCCCGGAAAGGUGGACUUCCCAGCCAGUUCCUGAAGCACCCUGCAGGCCUGUGAAAGGAGCCCCGCGCUGGCUUGCUCUGCCCACCCCAGCCAACGAUCUGCUGCUCCAGAUGGGUGAGGAGGAUGUGUCCAUUAAGACCAGGAGGCAGAAGAAGCAGGAAAAAUCCCAGGAGGAGGAUGUGACUUGGGAGCUGGGGGUGCUGCAGCAGAUGCUGCAGGAAUGGAAGACUGCCUGGGCGCUGAUUAUUGAGUGGCACCAUGAGACAGUAGAGGGCCUGCUGCAGGACUUGGUGGACAUACAUGAAGACAUUCGGAUCCAAGCCAUCAUCACAUGUGCUACAGCUGCUUUGGAACGGCCCCGGAUUGCCACCAGCCAAAGAGACUCAGACAAAGAGACUGUGAAGGCCCCAUCUAUCAAGGACUUGCCAGAGGUUCUACAGCCCGCCCUGGAAGCUGCUCUUUGUGAUAAAAAUGCUAAUGUGCGGAUGGCAGCGGCAGUAUGCCACUAUGCUGUACAGUCACAUAAUCCCCUUGCCCGGGACAUCAUGCAGACUGCCCUUUUAAAUGGUAACAGCGUGGACAGCUGGGCUGCAGCUCAGUGCCUGGCGCUGGAAGGUGCUGCCACAUACCCUGUGAUUAAGAGGAUCCUCCAGCAGCUGUUUAACAAGAAGAAUGAGGAUACUGAGCACCAGUCUUGUAUGCUCCUGAGCCAUCUCAGUGGGAAGACAACCCUGAUACACACCAUGCUUGCUGUGGAGCUGAACAGCCACCAGUGGAAGGACCGGAUUGUGGCCUGCCAGGCUCUCUCGCGGAUCAGUGGGAAUGUCAGUUUGGAUAUGAAACAUAAGUUGAUCCAGCUGAUGCUGAGUGACUGGAAUAAGGAAGUGAGACGUGCAGCUGCCCGAGCUCUGGGGCAAAUGAGCCUUGGGAAAGAGGUGCAUGACGCAAUCAGAGUCAAGCUGAGUCAAGGAAAUUUCCAGGAGCGUGUGGAAGCUCUCUGCCUGAUUGGUGGGCUCAAGCUCAUGACUGCCAAGCUUCUCCCAAGCUUCCUGAAUUGCUUCUCUGAUGACUUCAUGGUAGUUCGGCAGGCAGCCUGUUGGGCAGCAGGUGCCCUGCAGAUCCGUGAUAAGAUGGUCCUUGAAUGCCUUUUGAAACUGGUAGACAGCGAUCCUUACUGGAAAAUCAAGGCCUUUGCCAUUCAAGCUUUGGGUCAGAUUGGCCAAGUGAGUCCCCAGCUGACAGACCUCCUGCUCUGGGCCAUCCACUAUGAAAAGUCACCAGGUGUACGACUAGAAGCUUGCCGUAGCAUCCUAGCCCUCCAUCUUCAAGGGGACCGGGUCAGGGACACCUUCCUAGAUGUGCUGCUCCUAGAGAACCAUGAGGCUGUUAUAAAGGAAAUUCACCAGGCAAUGAAGAUACUCAACUUAAAAAAUGAAGGAAACCAAGAAAUGCUUCAGGAGAUCAAGAACAGGAUUCAAACACUAAGUCAAAAGGACUUGCUGAUACAGAAAAUAUUCAAGAUGGAGAGGGUCAUAGGAAAAAUGAAGGAGGAAGCAAAACGUGUUUAUUGGCAACCCAAGGAGGGGCAAAAACCACUGAAACUCCAUACUUUUCUACAAGAAACUUUUCAGGAUGAAGUGGUGAUUCCUGGAAAAUCAUCCGAAAUUUGUGACAUUAAAGCCGUCAUAAAGGCUGUGAGGCCCCGCACACCAAAUCCCUGGUCACAGAGUCCAGUCCUGGGCCUAAACACAAGAAGCAGAGGUCAACCAUCACCUGUGAAAGAUCUACGCACUGCCCGGGAAAGAAGGAUUACGAUGGGACCAUUUAGAUCUGACCCAGCCUAGAUCUCUAGCUGGGUAAAUACUCAGAAAUUUUUUCCAGGGUCAUUUCCCUGGAAGGAAAGGUGAUCAUUUCUAGGAUGUUCCCUUCUCUUGUUCCAAGGCAGACAGCAGUGGACCUCGUCACAUUAUGGUUCUUUAACUGAUGUUGUAUAGUCUCCUUGUCAUUAUAUAUAUAUAUAGAG